GAGAGAGAGAGUCGUGCGCCUCUGCAUUGCAUUGGUGCUGGAAACUUCACACAGCUGUUCUCGCUGUCACGUCGCGCUGAUUAGAGACGCGGGAAAACCUCAGAGAGCAUGAGGCUCACCCCGGUGGAUUCUGCGUCUGAAUCUCUCUCGUCCCGGAGCGAAAUAUAAACACGCUUCUCCGUUCGUUCUCCUGCUGCAAGGUGACGCAGCGCCGCAGACCCGGCGGAGUGACGAAAACUGCGGCACCGGAGCGCGUCCCAGCAGCAGCCACCCGGCCGAGGAGAGCGGCGGACCACGGAGAGCGGGCGGUCCGAGGCGCGGCGCUGAUAUGUGUCACCGUUCACAAUGACGACCAGGCGCAAGUCCAGCAAACUGCAGCUCCGGCGGUCCAUCAGCGAGCAGCUGCGCGACUCCACGUCGAAAGCUUGGGAUUUACUAUGGAGAAACAUACGGGAGAAGCGGCUGGCAGAAAUCGAGGCAAAGGAGGCAUGUGACUGGCUGCGGGCGGCGGGAUUCCCACAGUAUGCCCAACUUUAUGAGGAUUCCCAGUUUCCCAUUGAAAUAUCCGCUGUCAAGAGGGACCAUGACUUUCUGGAUAAAGACCUUGUGGAGCCUCUUUGCCGUCGACUCAACACUCUGAACAAGUGUGCCUCCAUGAAACUGGACGUGAGCCUCCCUAAGAAGAAAAGUGAAGACUCUGAUGAGGAGGACUUAUUGGCCAUCAGCAAUAGAUGGACGUUUGAGUGGAACAGCCGGCGUUGGUCCCGUCUGCAAGACAUCGAUUACCUCCUGGGUCGAGCAGAAGAGCGGAGCCCCUCGGAGGUGGGUGAGGGCCUGCGGACCACCGUGAGCAGCGAGAGCAUCCUGACAGACCUCAGUGAGCCGGAGAUCUGCUCCCUGCACAGCGAAGACUCUUUGGCUGCCAUGCCAGACUCUGCCUCUCUCACCCCAUUGCACUUGCCUAGAGAGCUGCCUCAUUACGGCUCACUCCCUGCCAAAAGCAGGCGACGGGGACGUACACGCGCCAAAGAUUUCCUUAGGAGGAUGGAAACGCUGGGUCGGACAUGGGGGCCAUCGAUGGGCCGUUCAGAACGACGCUCUUUAGUUAUUAGCAGCCCAGUUUUGCAAAGCGAGCCAGAAGCUCUAAAGACUCUACGAUGUGUUCAGAUUUUCAACGGUGCACCCAUUAAUGCCGAAAACACACCACCUGCCGACAACCUGCCAAAUUCACUGCCCAGCAGUGAGGCCAGCAGCCAAUCAGAGACCAGCGGCAGUGCUGGGAGCACACCGAACAACGCGGGACGUCUGUCAAAGUUGUAUCCUCCUGGAAAACGUGCUGGCGUUUACCUUGAGGACAUCGAUGUUCUCGCUGGCGCCCCACAGAGAAGAAGGCCUGUUGAACAGAGCCGCAAAAAUGAGUUUCGCUCCUAUGAUGAGCUAUUAGUGCACAUCCCAAAAGAUCACAAACCUGGUACUUUUCCCAAAGCGCUGUCGAUUGAGAGUCUGACUCUGGCCAAUAAGGAACACGGAAACUGGAAGGUUCUGGAUUCAGAGCCGCAGCCAUUUAAAUGCAGGAAAGUUGGCGGAAGAGAAGUUCGUCCCGUGACGCGCUGCUGUCCUAGGGGAAGCAGGAUCAGCGUGUAUGAUAACGUGCCCGGCUCGCAUCUGUAUGCAAGCACAGGGGACUUGUUGGACCUCGAGAAGGAGGAUAUAUUCCCACAUUUGGAUGAUAUACUGCAGCAUGUCAAUGGCCUGCAGCAGAUCGUGGACCACUGGUCUAAAAAUGUGCUACCUGAGAGCGAAGGGGAGGGGGAUGGUGGCAGGGGGCAGGACAAGAGGAUGAUUGACGGCCAGUCCUCCAGUCAGAUCACACUGGACUUUGAGGGGACCUCUGUUAUUGAAGGCCUGACCACACCGAGUGACGGCAACAGGGACGGGGUUUCGUUAAAUGACACAGACACCUCCAGCACUAGAGAGAGGAGGGACUCAGGCGUCGGAGCUUCUCUUACACGACCACGGCUUAGAUGGCCGAGCUUCAGGAUGUCAAACCUGCUCAGCCAAUCCGGAAUCUCGCUACAAAUAUCUAGCCAAUCGGUGGGCCAGCUUAGCCUGCUGCAGAAGUUCUCUUUAUUGCGCCUCACUGCGAUCAUGGAGAAAUACUCCAUGUCUAACAAACAUGGAUGGACUUGGUCAGUGCCAAAAUUCAUGAAGAGAAUAAAGGGACCAGACUACAAGGAUAAGACUGUUUUUGGCGUUCCUCUGAUCGUACAUGUCCAGCGGUAUGGACAUCCUCUGCCCAUGUGCUUACAGCUCGCCCUGCGCUUUUUGAGAAGCCAGUGUUUAGACCAGGUGGGACUUUUCCGUAAAUCUGGUGUAAAGUCUCGUAUCCAGGCUCUCAGGCAAAUGUGUGAAACCUCCCCUGAAAAUGUGAACUAUGAUGAUCAGUCUGCGUAUGACGUGGCGGACAUGGUCAAACAGUUCUUCAGAGACUUACCUGAGCCACUUCUCACAAGCAAAAUGGGCGAAACCUUCCUUCAUAUAUACCAGUAUGUCCCUAAAGAGCAACGCUUACAAGCUGUGCAGGCAGCAAUCAUGCUGAUGGCGGAUGAAAACCGUGAGGUCCUGCAGACUCUGCUGUGCUUCCUAAAUGAUGUCACUUCCUCAGUUGAGGAGAACCAGAUGACCCCGAUGAACCUGGCCGUGUGCCUCGCUCCAUCGCUUUUCCACCUCAACAUCAUGAAGAAUGAUAACCUGUCGCCCAGGUCUAUUCAAAGGAAGUAUGCCACUGGGCGGCCAGACCAAAAGGACCUGAAUGAGAACCUUGCAGCCACUCAGGGUCUAGCGCACAUGAUUGCUGAGUGUAAUCACCUGUUUGAGAUUCCUCAGGAGAUGGUGUCUCAGUCCAGGAACUCAUACAUGGAGGCUGAGCUGCUGGCGCCCUCUAUAGACGAGCUGUGUAAAAAACAGCCUCAGCUGGACGAGGAGGAGGAGGAAGAAGAAGAAGAGGAAGGCACGUGUCGCUCUUUUCUGGACAGCCUGAUUCAGAAUCUGAUGAGGGAGAGCAAAGACAAGACCAAAGGCUGGGUGACCCGAUCAAACAUCGACAACGCUGAGCUCUCUUUUAAAAAGGUUGGAGACGGGACGCCGUUGAGGCGCUGGAGAGUGUCUGCCGAGGUGGAGGCUCCUCCGUCAGUGGUGCUGAACCGGAUUCUGAGAGAGCGCCACCUGUGGGACACUGACCUGCUGCAGUGGAAGCUUCUGGAGACUCUGGACAAGCAGACUGAGGUUUAUCAGUAUGAGCUGAAGAGCAUGGCUCCGCAUCCCAGCAGAGACUUUGUGGUGCUUAGGACGUGGAGGACGGAUCUGGCGAAAGGUGUGUGUGUGCUGGUGUCGGUGUCCAUCGAGCAUGAGGAAAGCCCUCAUCUGGCUGGAGUGAGAGCAGUGCUGAUGGAGUCUCAGUAUCUGCUGGAGCCCUGCGGAUCGGGAAAAUCCAGACUCACUCACAUCUGCAGAGCUGACCUCAAAGGAAAGUCUCCAGAGUGGUACAACAAAACUUUCGGCCACGUCUGUGCAAGCGAAGCCAUCCGCAUCCGUAACUCUUUUCAGACUCUGGAUCCUGAGGGCCCCGAGACCAAAAUCUGAGCUGCGGGAACUGGGAUGUAGUUCAACAUCAGGGCAGGUGGUCACCAAAAAAUGAACUUUGGAGUAAAAAAACAGAUAAAAUGAACGUUUUUUUUUGUGUGUGUGUGCGUUUUUAGCCCCUAGACAACAACAAACUGCCAUGUCAUAUUAGUUUCAUGAACUGUGGAUCAUUUCAGAGUGUUUUACCCCUUAUAGGGCAUUUGAUUGAGUCGGUUUAUUUCCUAUAAAUGUAUGCAGCUGUUCAAAACUGCCACUUUGAGAUGGCAUUUGUUGCUUGUUUUUUGGGGCAUGUGAUGAGACGUACAGGGGGAAAGAUAAGUACUGAACACGUCAUGUUUUUUUUCCUGGGAAUAAUAUAUUAAAAGGAGCUGUUGACAUGGAAUUAAACCAGAUUUUGGUAAAAACCCUAACAAUACAAACAUAAAAAUAUGACAAAUCUGAAAAUUUUGUUAUGUUUAAUGUUUAAUAACAAUGAAAUGACACAAGGAGAAAGUGCUGAACUACUGAAAUGUAUUUAAUACUCUAUAUAAAAGGCUUUUUUGGUGAUGGCCUCUCAUAUGGAAAAUAAAGUCACAUGAUUUGUGUUCAGGUGUGAGUUUUACACAGACUUUAACAGAGUGUGAAAAUCUUGACGGUUCUGUGGGUCUCGUCUAUCAAAUCUGACCUUUAUUUUGUAAUCUCUACUGGAUUCAGAUCAGGUGAUUGGCUGGGCCAUUCUACAGCUUGAUUUUCUUUCUCUGAAAGCAUUUGAGAGUUUCCUUGGCUGUGUUUUGGAUCAUUGUCUUGCUGAAAUGUCCAGUCUGUUUUCAUCUUCAUUACCCUUAUAAUGCAGAUGUUGCAGCUAAUAUUAAUUUACAAUGACGAAAGGCAGAGCGUUGCUGAAGAACUACUGAGAGAUUUCAGCUGCUGUCUGGGUGUUUACUGCCUUUCUACACCUUCCUUUCUACAUGCGUUCAAUACUCUUUCCCUGUGUCAUUUCAUUUUAUUACACACAACUUAAUUUGUAAACUAAUUAGAUUUGUUUUCCUUGCAUAUAUACAUUUCUUUGGUUGCUACCAAAAAAUAAUUGGUAAAUUUCAAGUAAACAGCACCUUUAGAAAUAUGAGAAAAAUGGUGAUGUGUUCAAUACUUAAUUUCCCCGCUGUAACUAAAAGAUGGACAGAGAAAGUGAAAGAGACAGACUCCGAUAAAGCCAUGCCUGUUAAAAAAAAGCCGUAACGCUACUUCCUGUUGUCAAUGUUUAGCGCAGUUUUAACUAGCUUCGCUUACAGCAAACAGAUGUGAAUGACGAGCAACCUCACACUAAUCCAAACACAGCAGGUCUGGUUUACUUUUACCGAGCACUUCAAGCUAAAGUACUGCAUUCUGCAAACAAAUGUAGGUACGUUACUGUGUCUAAACAUUAUUUAAAUCUCUGUAUUUAGGUGUUAUUCCUCAUUUGAACAACACUAGUGUUACAGUGGCUGUUGUUUUAAAUUAGGGUUGUACCCUGUUGUUGUAUUGAUGUGAAGUAGUUACUGAAAAGCCCAUAGUAUUUUUAAUGUUUAUCAUUGUUCUCUUGAUUUCUUCAUCCCAGGAAAGCAAUAAUGUAUUAUCAUUAUUAUAAAUGCACCGGUUAUUGUUCUCUUCCAACAAUGCAAAAUUAUUAGAUUGAAAAUCAAAAGUGUAAAUUAUAUAAUGCCAAUGAUUGUUGCAGAUAUGUAUUAUUAUUAAUAUUAUUUUUGUCAUUGUUAUAUGUUGCUGUGUCACUCUACAAUGUCUAGGACAUGAAUUCAUUUCACUGCUUCUGAGAAGCAUGUCUAUUGUAUUCACAAAGCUGUACAUUUGUGUGUUUGUGUGUAAAUGUAGAUAAAUUCCAGGUUGUAUAUUUUGUACAUAAAUCAGGCUUACUGGCAGGUUAAUCUGCUUUUAUGCUAUGUUUUUCUCCUCAUCAUAUCAAUAUUUUGCUUGAAAUAUCAUCACAGGCCAGUUUGAUGGUCUGGCUUGUUCAGUGCUGUUUUGAUGGGAACAGUGUGUUUGAGUUUUGACUUAAGCUCAGAGGCAGGGGGAAAGCGAUGUUGUGUCUGUUUUUCAACAGUAAACAGGGUGAAUGAAGUUCCAAUCUUUUGGAAAUGUGGAAAAUAAAACCUCGGUGAGAUAACUGUUGUCAA